AUGAGUUUUCUCACUGUGGAUGGACCGAAACCUUCCACCAGUUCGGAAAAAAGUGAUUAUAUAGAAAAUGAGGAUCUUGAGGUGGAUAAUUCACAGAGUGUUUUACUCAAGAUUGCUAAUUUGUAUGCUGAGCAGUUAAUGAGUGAUUUAGUACUUGAAGUGGGAGGUGUUGAUUAUUCAGCUCAUAGGCUGAUAUUGUGUGCUAGUAGUGAAGUCUUUCAGGUAAUGUUAAUGAACAGAGAAUGGAAUGAGUGGCGUGAAAGCAAGAUAGUAUUGCAGGAGACACCCACAGCUGCAUCAGUCUUCCCACACUUUCUCAAGUAUUUCUAUACAGGACAAAUAAAAAUUUCUUACAACACAGUAUUACCUGUUCUGUCUUUGGCAGACAAAUAUAAUGUUAAGGACUUAGUGUCACUAUGUUUGGAGUACAUGUCCCAACACAUAGCAUUGGCUGCCAAGAAGGGACAAGUGAUCAAUUGGAUGCAGUACACUAUGGCGUGCGGACAUACCAAUGUUGCUAAGGCAUGUCAAAAUUUUGUGAAAUGGAACAUGGAAUGGGUGUGGUCUCAUGCAGAUCUUUCAGAGCUGGAGGAUGAAACCUUGCUGCUUCUACUACAGCAGAGUGAUCUAGUUUUGCAUAAUGAAUGCAGUUUGUAUCGGUUUACAGUGGACUGGCUGCACCGGCAGAAACAAAGAUUUAGUCACUCGGAGGAAAAUGCCUGUGAAUGGAAACAGCAUUGGGAGACACUAGUUACCACCGUCUUUUCACACAUUAGGUUCCCAAUGAUGUGUCCGUCUCAGCUGGCCAAGCUGCUGCUGUGCAGCUUGACGCAGGAGUACAAGGAGUUCUUCAUGGAGCAGAUGGCCAUCGCCAUGAGCUACCAGUCAGGUCAAUACGAGCGAGUUGCCGAGAUUCAAGAGAGUGAUCACGGCCGUAUGUUGUUCACUCCUCGGCUUUACACGGAAGACAUUUGGGGUUCGAUUCUCGGCGUGGACAAUUUUCAUUCGCUGCCCUGCUAUCACACGCGCACGUUCAUAUUCUCGACACGGCCCAGCGUGGUGGAUGUAGCACCCGAGCGCCUGAGCGAGUGGACGGUGGAUCUGUACCCGAAGGGGGUCUGGUUCAAGAAGAGUAUGCUCAUCGCCUGGUCCGGGACUUACGAUGUCCCGGAAGUGGUCCUCCGCACGGUGCGCAUCUCCAUCACGUGUCAGAGCUGCCCCGACCCCGUGACCUGCGACUUCGACUGCGAGGAAGACGUCAGGGUGAAGGUGGGCGUGCUCGUGUGGGGCGUACAAAAUGGCGUCGAACACGUCGCGUCCGUGGUCGAGAGGAUUCAUCGCUUCUCAUCACAAAACAGGGUGCUGAACGUAGAUGGCGCUUUGGAUUUCGACGAAUUGAACACGCCCCUCUACACGCCGGCCGUGGCCGCCUCACCUCUUGACAAACCAUCGGGGCGGUGUUUGAAAUGCACAGAAAAUUGUGACGCACCGGAGCCCAAACAUUUGUUGGGCCCGAAUAGAGAUCAACUGCGGAUCCAAGUGGUGAUCGUGCCGCUGACCGACUUCUGUCACGUCUCUGCGCCGGAUGGAUGA